AUGGUUAAAAAAAAUAGGAUUCUCUUAGAAAAUAAGAGCACACACAGUCACAGAGACUUAAGAAUGGCGCAUGUAUUCCUCUCCGAUGAUCUUAUUGUCCAAGUCCUAUCACUUCUUACUAUCAAAUCUCUUAUGCGUUUCAAGUCUGUCAGCAAGCAAUGGAAAACACUCAUCUCCGAUCCCACAUUCGUCAAACUACACCUUCAUGUUGAACAUCAAAAAAACAUUUGGUUCCGUAUUUGGAACCCGGCCACCAAGACAAUAUCUAAACGAUUAAGAUCUAGCUUUGGAUAUCUUACACCACUUAGAUACACAUUUUGUUAUGAUAAUUCAACUACAACUUAUAAGGUGGUUGUCUUGUUUCCUACUCAUCAGGUUAAAAUUUUAAAUUUGAGGGAUAAUAGUUGGAGAACAAUUUCAAGCUUUCCUCCAUUUCACCAUGUUACUCCUAGCUCUAGAAUUGUGAAUCAAGGAGUGUAUUUGAGUGGCACGGUUAAUUGGUUUGCUAUUCAAACUGAUUUGAGUAUUGAUUAUUAUCAUCAUCGGAAGGAUAUAACUGUUGACCAAUUUGUGAUUAUUUCUCUUGAUCUUGCUACGGAGACAUAUAUGAAAUUGUCACCCCCUCGCGGUGUUGAUGAAGUUCCACAUUUUGAACCAAUUAUUACUGUGUUGAUGGAUUGUCUUUGUUUUUCUCACACUCUCAACUUAACUCAUUUUGUUAUAUGGAAAAUGACAGAAUUUGGAGUUGAACAGUCUUGGACUCAAUUCCUCAAAAUCAGUUAUCAGAAUCUUCAAGUAGAUAUUAGGUUUGGUCAGUAUGGUGAGCUGAGAUUUUAUCAAUUAAUCCCAUUAUGUCUUUCAGAAAAUGGUCAUACGCUGAUAUUUGAAAACUCUGUAAGUAGCCAACUAAUUCUCUAUGAUUUGAGAGAUAACAGAGCAGAGGUAACAUGUGAUAAUAAAAUAAAUUGGUUUUUAGCCAAGAAUUAUGUUGAAAGUGUGGCUUCAAUUUGUUGA